GUGUUCCCUGUUCAUGGGAUUGGGGAGGUGUUCACUGUUCAUGGGAUUGGGGAGGUGUUCCCUGUUCAUGGGAUUGGGGAGGUGUUCCCUGUUCAUGGGAUUGGGGAGGUGUUCCCUGUUGUUCAUGGGAUUGGGGAGGAGUUCCCUGUUGUUCAUGGGAUUGGGGAGGUGUUCCCUGUUCAUGGGAUUGGGGAGGUGUUCCCUGUUCAUGGGAUUGGGGAGGUGUUCCCUGUUCAUGGGAUUGGGGAGGUGUUCACUGUUCAUGGGAUUGGGGAGGUGUUCCCUGUUCAUGGGAUUGGGGAGGUGUUCCCUGUUGUUCAUGGGAUUGGGGAGGUGUUCCCUGUUCAUGGGAUUGGGGAGGUGUUCCCUGUUCAUGGGAUUGGGGAGGUGUUCCCUGUUCAUGGGAUUGGGGAGGUGUUCCCUGUUCAUGGGAUUGGGGAGGUGUUCCCUGUUGUUCAUGGGAUUGGGGAGGUGUUCCCUGUUGUUCAUGGGAUUGGGGAGGAGUUCCCUGUUGUUCAUGGGAUUGGGGAGGUGUUCCCUGUUCAUGGGAUUGGGGAGGUGUUCCCUGUUGUUCAUGGGAUUGGGGAGGUGUUCCCUGUUGUUCAUGGGAUUGGGGAGGUGUUCCCUGUUCAUGGGAUUGGGGAGGAGUUCCCUGUUUACCAGUCUGUGUAAAAUCUCAGGACUGAACUGUUGUUCAUUCAAUUAUCCAGCCAAUUAAACAGCCAAUUAUCCAGCCUCCUAUCCCUACAAUACAGCCAAUUAUCCAGACAUCUCAUUAGGUUGGUUCAUGCUGGUACAACCGCUGUAACACUGUGUGUGUGUGUGUGUGUGUGUGUGUGUGUGUGUGUGUGUGUGUGAGAGACAGAACUGCCCCUCCCUACCUUCAGGCUCAAAACCCUACACCCCCCCCCCCCCCCCCCCCCCCCCCCCCCCUUAACCAGCAGUUUCACUUGACCCCCUUUUCUAGCGCUGACCCUACUGUACUUUCUAUGCCUGUGAUAUGUGGUUGUCCCAUCUUAGCUAUCUUAAGAUGAAUGCACCAACUGUAAGUCGCUCUGGAUAAGAGCGUCUGCUAAAUGACUAAAAUGUAAAAGGUAAAGGUAGUGCGCUAUAUAGGAAAUAGGAUGCCAUUUGGAACACACAUUGUAUGCAGCUGCUACAUUAUUUCAUUUUGACAGCAGUGGCGGGUGGGUGUCAGCGGGGAGUCUUGGCUGUCACAGCUUACUGUGGGGCUGAACAGUUUUAAUAACACUAUGAGAAAGGUAGGGUAGACUGGGGUUUUAAUAACAGAAUGAGAAAGGUAGGGUAGACUGGGGUUUUAAUAACAGAAUGAGAAAGGUAGGGUAGACUGGGGUUUUAAUAACAGAAUGAGAAAGGUAGGGUAGACUGGGGUUUUAAUAACAGAAUGAGAAAGAUCUCCAUUUUAUACGGCAUACUGACUAACUGACUGACUGUUUGCUCGUCCAUAGGGUAUACUGACUAACUGACUGACUGUUUGCUCGUCCAUAGGGUAUACUGACUAACUGACUGACUGUUUGCUCGUCCAUAGGGUAUACUGACUAACUGACUGACUGUUUGCUCGUCCAUAGGGUAUACUGACUAACUGACUGACUGUUUGCUCGUCCAUAGGGUAUACUGACUAACUGACUGACUGUUUGCUCGUCCAUAGGGUAUACUGACUAACUGACUGACUGUUUGCUCGUCCAUAGGGUAUACUGACUAACUGACUGACUGUUUGCUCGUCCAUAGGGUAUACUGACUAACUGACUGACUGUUUGCUCGUCCAUAGGGUAUACUGACUAACUGACUGACUGUUUGCUCGUCCAUAGGGUAUACUAACUAACUGACUGACUGUUUGCUCGUCCAUAGGGUAUACUGACUAACUGACUGACUGUUUGCUCGUCCAUAGGGUAUACUGACUAACUGACUGACUGUUUGCUCGUCCAUAGGGUAUACGACUAA